AUGGCAGCAGCGGGACUCCCGCGGAGGCCGUCCCGGGUGGGGCCGGCAGCGACUGCAGCUGCAUGUACUGCAGUCCCUGCCGUGCGCCAUAGCCGCCGCCUCAGCACUAGCCGCCCCGAGCCCGGGGUCAGCGAUGCUGGCUCCCGAGCGCGCUCCCGCUGGAGCCCUCGCCUCUAUUAUGAGACACGAGCCCCUCACGCGUACCGACAGCGGAGGCCCCUCUCCUGCACCCGCUGUGCCUUGCCCGGCUCCUCUCCCGCUCGGCAGAGCUCCGCCGAACCUGCGGGGCUUCAGUGCAGUGAGACCCCCGUCUGGCCCCCAGAGCUCAUCGCCAGGGCGGCGGCGGUGAUGGGGCUGGGGAGGGGCCCCUGCUGGCGCUGGAGGGCCCCGGGGAGCGAUAAGACGAGCAUGGGCCCGGCCACCCACGCGCCGGCCAGCGGCAGGGGCCAGAUAACCCUGAGGCGUCUCCACCCCGCGCUGGGCUCCGGGUUCUCCGCUGACACCAGGGCGCCCUGA